CAAAAGGAAUUUGGAAUGCGAUUGGUUCAUAGGUCAUGUUUCCGGAACUCGGUGGGCGUCGCGCGAAGGCUGAAGGGAGCGUGGUGGUCAACCUGUGCUGCGGCAGGCACCAGGAACUCGAGGAGCCGGCAUGCCUCGAGCACCUACUGUGCCACCAUGGUCCAGCACUGUGAAGCCCUCAAUCGGUCUGUCCAAGUUGUGAACCUAGAUCCUGCAGCAGAACACUUCAGCUACUCCGUGAUGGCUGAUAUCCGGGAGCUGAUCGAGGUGGAUGAUGUGAUGGAAGACAAUUCUCUGCAGUUCGGUCCCAAUGGAGGAUUGGUGUUCUGCAUGGAGUACUUUGCCAAUAAUUUUGACUGGCUGGAGAACUGUCUUGGGCAUGUGGAGGACGACUACAUCCUUUUUGACUGUCCAGGUCAGAUUGAGUUGUACACUCACCUGCCCGUGAUGAAACAGCUGGUCCAACAGCUAGAACAGUGGGAGUUUCGAGUCUGUGGAGUUUUUCUUGUUGAUUCUCAAUUCAUGGUGGAGUCAUUCAAGUUUAUUUCUGGCAUCUUGGCAGCCCUGAGUGCUAUGGUCUCUCUAGAAAUUCCUCAAGUCAACAUCAUGACAAAAAUGGAUCUGCUGAGUAAGAAAGCUAAAAAGGAAAUUGAAAAGUUUCUAGAUCCAGACAUGUAUUCUCUAUUAGAUGAUUCUACAAGUGACUUGAGAAGCAAAAAAUUCAAAAAAUUGACUAACGCUAUAUGUGGACUGAUCGAUGACUACAGCAUGGUUCGAUUUUUGCCUUACGAUCAGUCAGAUGAAGAAAGCAUGAACAUUGUAUUACAGCACAUUGAUUUUGCCAUUCAGUAUGGAGAAGACUUGGAAUUUAAAGAACCAAAGGAACAUGAAGAUGAGUCUUCUAUGUUUGAUGAAUAUUUUCAAGAACACCAGAAUGAAUGAAGAGUUUAUUAAAAAGUAACUAUAUAUAUGAGGAGCUUGUGUCUGAACAGCAGAACCUUCUUCUCUUCAAAAGAUACAAUACUAGGAAGCUUCUGAUUUUAAUGAAAAAAAUAAUACCUGGCUCUUUAUCAGCAAUCAGCAGCAUGCCUGAGUCAAGUUCUUAGUUAUCCUGAGAUGCUGCUGUUUAAAGUGUCAUCUUUUAGUAUUAUUUUAACAGCAUCAAUUUAGAUUUUAAAAGUCAAAAUUGAAAUGAAUGUACAUAGAUUUGUAUAGAACAUAAACUAGCACCUGUGGUACAGUUGAGACCAGUCUACUUUUAGUUUUACUGUUUGAUUUUUGUUAUUUUUGAAAAUUUUUUGGAGGAACAAGAACUGUUGUAACAAAGUAUAAAUGUAUGUGUCCAAAGAAAAAUCUGGAAGGAUGUAGGUAAGACCGUUGCUUAUCUGUAUCUUCUGGUUUUCCUACAUUGAAAAUAUAUUAUUUGCAUAAUUAGAAAAUGAAAAGCAACUAUGUUUUAAAAUAUAUAUGUAUAUAAAUAAAAGAAACCGAAAAAUAGCAUUAA